CGAAGCUCCGCCCACCGGCGCCGGACUGCUGUGUUGUGUUUGACGUGUGAAAGGCAACGAGCGACAUGACGAGCGUCGCCAAGGUCGUCCGAAGCGCCCGCGGGCUUCUUCUGCGCCGUUCCUUCAGACAGGCGGCGACACAGCUCAGGGCGGACAUCUCGACGGGACCCCAGCAGCAGCACGGCACUUUCUACGAGUUCCGCACCUACGACAUCAAACCGGACCACCUGAGCGCCUUCUUGAAGCUGACAGACGACAACAUCCAGCUGCGGACCGCACAUUCCGAGCUUGUGGGCUACUGGACGGUGGAGCACGGUGGUCUCAAUCAGGUCUUUCACAUCUGGAAGUACGGUAAGCGGGCCAUUCGGGUCAGUCGCGAGUCAGCAGUGGGCAUGCGUUUGCUUUGCUUUAUUGUGGAUGUGGCGCCUUUCACUCCACGCUGUGACAAGUCUCCCCUUAUGGCGCCAUAGCGGAGGUCGACAGGA